CCCAGUCAAUCGAGUAACCAAAUAGGUGCUGCAGGCAGUUCAUACAUAUUAACGAACGAUGGACCUCCCUACGACUCCCCCGCAACCACCUCCAACGCGUCGACUCCAUCCAUCUCCAUCCAUCCCUCAACCAUGCCACCGAAACGCCGCCAGGUCAGCUUCGCCGUGUCGCCGACGCCUCCCCCGCGCUCGCGAAUCUCGGCAAAACAGCGCAUCGAGAUCAAAAGCGGCAGCUGGACCGAUGUGCCGCUCGCCGCGGACUCUACAGACACUACGAAGCUCUCCCCCGUGCCAAUACCAACAAACAUCCACCUCGACCUGCAGCGUGCGGGAAUAAUCCCAGAUCCCCACUCCGGCACCAACGAGAGAGAUGUGCAAUGGGUCCAUGACUGCACCUGGGAGUUCGAGACGGAGUUCUUCCUCACCCUGCCGUCGCUCGCGGGAAGGAAGGCGGAACUGGUGUUUGAAGGCCUGGAUACCUUCGCUACCGUGUCUCUCAACGGAAAGGUCAUCCUCGAGAGCGAGAAUAUGUUCCUUGAGCACCGGGUGGAUAUUACCGACGCGGUGCUGUUGAUGGGGAAGCAGAAUGUCCUCACCAUCGUGUUCCAUUCGGCGAUGAAGCGCGGGGACGCGCUGAUGGAGGAGCACGGGAAACGCGUGUGCUGGAACGGACACUACAAUCGACCCUUUGUACGGAAGGCACAGUAUCAUUACGGGUGGGAUUGGGGGCCGUCGUUGGUUACCUGUGGCCCGUGGAAACCAAUCUAUAUCGAUAUUUACUCGGCGCAGCUUUCGGAGGUCAGUGUGACCCCAACGCUCACGGCGGAUCUGAAACAGGCGACGAUAGGGCUGCGAACGAAGACGGAUAGUGCCACCAGCCACGACGAUCUCGAGAUCACCGCUACGAUCACCUCGCCGAACGGAACGCAACGGACGGUCAGCCUGACCUCCUACAGCCGGAACGUCUAUAUGUCCACCAUCACCCUCGACGAGCCGGAGCUCUGGUACCCCCGCACACAUGGCGCCCAGAAUCUAUACGAGAUUGAGUUCAAACUCUGUUCCGGCAACACGCACCUCCACACGGUUACCAAGAAGUUUGGACUGCGACGGGUGGAACUGGUUCAAGACGCCCUCCCCCAGGUGGAUGGGGAUAACCUCUCCGGUGGGACGACCUUUUACUUUCGCAUCAAUAACAUCCCUGUGUUUUGUGGCGGCAGCAAUUGGAUCCCGGCCGAUUCUUUCCAGCCGAGAAUUACGCGCGAGAGGUUACAGGCUCUCCUUGACUUGAUGGUGCGGGGAAACCAGAGCAUGGUGCGGGUCUGGGGAGGAGGGAUUUAUGAGAGCGAUGAGUUCUACGAGAUCUGUGAUACGGCUGGAAUACUAGUGUGGCAGGAUAUCCUCAUGGCAUGUGCAGACUACCCGGCACAUCUCAAAUACUUCGCCGAUUCAAUCCUAAAGGAAGUGGAUCAGAAUUUGAAGAGGCUACGAUGGCAUCCUAGCUUGGUGAUUGUGGCGGGAAGCAAUGAGGAUUACCAGGUGGCGGAUGAAGAGGUGGGGUAUGACAAGGACGCGCCGGAGGACAAGUGGAGGGAGGAACCGUUUCCCAGCAGAUGGCUGUAUGAGAAGAAGUUCGCCGAGAUUGUCAAGCGGGUAUGCAACGGCGACGAGGGCGAGCUGAUAGGUGAUGCUGGCGAGGGUGGAAGCGGUGUGGUCUACUGGCCAGGAUCGCCCUUUGGCGGCGAGGACAGCACAGACCGAACGGUGGGCGAUGUCCACCAGUGGAAUGUAUGGGGUGGAAUCCAGGCACCGUACCAGCGUUACCCCGACCUUGGCGGCCGCUUCGUCAGCGAAUUCGGCAUGCCGUCGUUUCCAUCACUCCCUGGCAUCCCAUACCUUCUCGGCUCGUCAUCCGAUAACCACCCUCAAUCGGAGGCAAUCUCACACCACACCAAAGCACACUCGUUCGAAAAACGCCUCUACCCCUACAUCCUGGAGAACUACCGCAUCACCAACAGCUCAAUUGCAGAAAUCGUCUAUCUCUCGCAGCUCGUGCAAUCCGACGCUCUGUCUUGUGCCUUCCGCGGUUGGCGUCAUCGCUGGGGAACCAGGGAAUGUGGCGGCGCUCUCGUCUGGCAGCUAAACGACGUCUGGCCCGCAAUAUCUUGGUCGAUAACCUCGUUUCCAGAUAUACCCAAGCCCGCGUUCUACGCAAUAUCGCGCGCGAUGCGGCCGAUCACACUCAUCUCUCGCCGGCACACAAACGAUCCAAAGCCGAACUCGAAGGUCGAGGCCCUGUGCGCUAAUAAAACCGCCAAGGCGGGGAAGGCGGCCAUGCAUUCCACUCCUCAUAUCUACCCGCCGAAGCAGAGCACUAUCGACAUCUCCCUCUCGAGCAUUAGCCAUGUACCCACCGAAGGGCUCCGCGUAGAGGUUCGGUACAUCACCAUAAGUGACUCCGCCACCACCGCCGUCCUCUCCCGUGACUCCGUCACCGUCCCCGGCAACAACGAGGUUUCACUCCUCGCGUCCACCGUCGUGCCCGAAGACAAGCCGACAGUCGUGUUCGCCGUCUGCUACGACGCUAAGGGCCAGGUGGUCGCCCGAGACGUGGACUGGCCACAGCCAAUGAAGUUUGUGGAUUCGCCUGCUACGCUGGGGCCAGAGCUGCAGUGGUGGGAGGGAGGAGUGGUAAUCAGUGUUGCGAGGUGCAUCAAGGGACUGGUGUUUGAGGAGUUUGCAGGAGAGAUCUGGGACGAUAAUGGUGUCGAUGUGGUGCCCGGUGAGGUGCUGGCUAUCAAAGUUGCUAACCUCAAGAAAGGGCCGAGGAAGAUGUGGUGGUAUGGGUGCGGUAAGUGGUAACUAGCCGCUACAUAUUACAACUAGAUGAGGAGGAAGGGAUGUGUGAGGACACUGAUGCUACAUAUCAACGAUGCGGACCUUCGUGCCUAGUAACUGAGAUUAGUGACGUAC